AGAGUGAAGAGCCAGGAUUCUUUGAUGGAGUGUUUUUAGCCCAGGACUCUGAGGUGUCCAAUUUUGUUGAGGAAGUCCGGGGGGCUGUCAAAAAUAUUGCAGGAAAAGCGAUGUGUGGGGAAUCCCACUGGAGAGCAGCAAGAGAGACAUCAAAGCAGGCCAACAAGUUGGAUGAAGAAGGAGUUAAAAUUGCUGUGUGCAGGCAUGGAUUCUUACUCAAAGAUUCUGUGGAAUGCGAGGAACCAGGAAGGUGCGGGAACCACUCUUGGUGAAGAAGUAGAGCAAGUUAAUAGUUUUCUUUCCAGAUGUGCUCUGACCACAAAAUAUAUGACCAAGUCAGUGAGAACUGAUAUGCUUACUGUCCAUGCAAGUGGGUGGAAUCGGCGUAAAGAGAAUGGCCUCCACAUUGCCUUGUCUUCCAGAUUCAAAAAGACCAUAGAAAAGACUUUGGAUGCAACAGAGAGCCUGAAGAAUAUGAAGGACCAGUUGCAUUGCUCUGAUGACAUUUUAAAACAGUGGGUUGUUGAUGUAAACCAGUGGGCCAGUGGCGGCAGUAUGAAUUUGGACAGCAAUAUCCAUCACAACUCAAUAUUGUCCCAAAGAAAUACAGGAGCCACUCAUGUUGAUGCUCGUGGUUUACAGAUCUCAAUUGAAGCACUCUUUGUCAGCAUUUGUCAGAAGAAACACUAUCUUUAUAGACAAAAUGAUCGCAACAAAAGGCGUCAGAAGAUUAGCCAGAAGAUUGGCCAAGAAAAGAAAUGCUUGCUGGAGGAGAUCCAGAGAUACAACCAACAACCUGAUGGUGACCCUGUGGACACAAACUCGGUUGUGCAGAAACUCUCCAACAAAACUCCAGAGAGCAUGAUCUGGCCUUGGCAGGAAGAGAACACAGACGGUGUCAACAUUAUUACUAAGAAGAAGCUCUUUGACCAGCUAAUGCUUGUCUCACGACUGACAGAAGAAAAGGAGAUCCUUGUUAAGGAAAUGAUGCAGCACUGUCAGUACCUUAAAAACUCUGUAGCAAAGGUUCAGUCACUGAUGGCCACUGUUUCAGAGUGCACACAAACAGGAAGCUAUCCAAAUGGAUUCACAGAAGAUGGGUGCAAGGGCCUCCUCUCUCUACUCAAGAGAAGACUGCAAGACCUCAGACUCAAACAGCAGACUGUGGCAUGCACAUAUAGAGGGAUUCUUGAAAAAACUCCUAGGCUACUGGAAGAGGAGGAAUUGGAAAUAGAGGAAGAAAUGGACUGGCAAAGUGACAUCAGCUCUGAGGACGAAGACGAUGAAGAAUUGGGGACCCAUGUAAAUUGA